AGGCUGGAGAGAGAGCGCUGUGCGUAUUUGGAACACAGCACGAAGGUUAUCGCCGCUCCGACGCGUCCUGGAACUCAGGGAAAAAUUCAUAAACAACGGGAAAGAGCGAACUGUUCAGCCUGUCGGUUUUAAGAGUUACCCACUAGGCCUAAUUUAGUCUGCUUUGGAAAUCAUGUCGACCAGCUGUGACGCGUCGUCGAGCUGCCCGAUUCCCAGGCGCGCGUCUCUCCCGCAGUCCUUUGCUUCUCUGCCCGGGUCCUACAGCCAGACCCCAGGCGGCACAGUCUUCUCCACCACCCCUGGAGGGACCAGAAUCAUCUACGAUAGGAAUUUUCUCUUGGAAUGCCGCAACUCACCGAUCGCACGGACUCCUCCGUGCUGUCUGCCUCACAUUCCCGGCGUCACCAUGCUGUCCGCACACCCACUGGACAAGCUGUUGGAGCAGGACGAGGUCCGUAAAAGCAUCCACACUGAUGACAAUCAGUUUGUCCUGGACAUCUGAAAGUGCGAUAUGGCUCCUGUGGAGAAGCUAUCUGUUGCGCUAGUGAUCUGAGAAACCACAGGAUUCUUGGUUUGUAAAAUAAAAUGCCCGUGCUGUGCUUUUAUUGAAAAACGAAACACUAUGACACGAAGUUACAAAGUUUCCCGGUUAGGGUUUGAAUUUGAUAACUUCAUUUACCAUGAUGCACAAUUUUGCUUUGUUGUUACAACUUUGAAUCCUUCUGUCUAUCGUUCAGAUGAAUGUAACUAUCUUUUAUAAUGGGUUUUUUUUUCCAAUAAAGAUUUUUAUACUGGUUCUCCAAUGGGUUAAAGUGGAGAGAUAAAACCCUGUUAGGGUGACUAGUCAGUACCUCAUUUUGUGGAAACUUUCUGUAUUGACUAAUUUUCUGUUGUAUUUUAAAUAAAACGUGAAAAACAAA